GAACCAGGCCGCGCUUCCGGGAACCAGGCCGCGCUUCCGGGAACCAGGCCGCGCUUCCGGCUGCGAGCGCCUUUCUGCUCCGCUUGGGACCCCGCGACAGGGACUGGAGAGGGGCCCCUCCGCCACCUGCUUCCAGGGCACCUUCCGUCAUGCUGGCUGUCAUCAGUGGUUCACACCAUCAGCAUCUGGGAGGUGGAGACCAUAUCAGUCCUCAUUCACUGGCCCAAAGGACAUGGGAGUCACUGGGCUUCUCUUCCGCCCCCCUUCCAGGCAGUUGCUGCUGGGACCUCCUACCUGGGCUGCCGGUCAAAGAGCAGGAAGCAGCGAUGUCUGCCAUGGGUCCUGCAGCUCCACACCUGCAUCGCCCUGGUGACAGUCACAGUGGCUGCAUGAGUUUCCUGGGCGCCCAGCUGCCUCCAGAGGUGGCAGCAAUGCCCCAGCUCCUGAGGAACCUGGAGAGGGGCACAUUCAGAAAGUUGCUGAAGCUGGUGGUCAGCAGCCUGCAGGGGGAAGACUGCCGUGAGGGUGUGCGGCACCUCGGGGCUGGUGCAGACCUGCCUGAGGAGCGUCUGGGUGCCCUGAUCGCUGGCACACACACCCUGCUCCAGCAGGCCCUCCGGCUGCCCCCGGCCAGCCUGAAGCCCGAUGCCUUCAAGAACCAGCUCCAGGAGCUCUGCAUCCCCCAAGACCUGGUCGUGGACUUGGCCAGUGUGGUGUUUGGGAGCCAGCGGCCUCUCCUUGACUCUGCGGCCAGGCAGCAGGGGGCCUGGCUGCCCCAUGUUGCCGACUUUCGGUGGAGGGUGGACGUGGCCAUCUCCACCAGCGCCCUGGCCCGCUCCCUGCAGCCAAGCAUCCUGAUGCAGCUGAAGCUCUCUGAUGGGUCGGCCCUCCGCUUCGAGGUCCCCACGGCCAAGUUCCAGGAGCUGCGGUUCGGUGUGGCCACGGUCCUGAAGGAGAUGGCCGACCUGGAGAAGAGGUGCGAGCGCAAACUGCAGGACUGAGCCUUGCUCGCCAGUCCCCUUCUGGUCACCGGGGAUAGCUGGCUCAGACAGGCGUCUCCAGAGCAAAGGCCGCCCUUCCCAGGAGGCACUCCAGUGAGUGUUUGAGUGUAAUCGCGCAUUUCUCUAAGUGAAGAAGACAGCUGUGUCUUUCCCUUUCUUUGGAAGUAAAGCAGCUACACAAAAUAUGUUCUCCUGGGUAGGCAUCAAACUGCAGGCCCCGUCCCCCCAGCUGUCAGUUGGUCUUGUUGCCAGGUAAGGGCACCCACUGCUCCGGUGUGGCCAUGUGUGGUCUAGUCACAGUCUGGGGUCCAGGCCAAGGCCUUUGUGAGGACACAGAGGUUGCUCAGGCUGCCCCCACCUAACGACUGAGCUCUUGCUCCUGUGAUUUGGGGAACCCUGUGCUUCAGGGUGCACAUUUCAUUCCCCUGUCUUAAAUCCCUGACCUUAUGGAGAACAUUCUAGUGGGGCGAGGGAGGCAUUACGAAGUGCAUAAUACAAACAAGUGGUGUAGCUCGUGGGAGGAUGGGAAGUGGCGCAGGAGGCAGAGCAGCCUUUGGAGAUGGGGGGCAAGGCUGUGGGAGAACUGGGCUGUCAUUUUAAAUUGGGUCGUGGGGGGACCUCCCUGGUGGCCCAGUGGUCAAGAAUGCUUCCAAUGCAGGGGACACGGGUUCGAUCACUGGUCGGGGAACUAAGAUCCCACAUGCCGUGGGGCAACUAAGCCUGCGUGCCACAACUGCUGAGCCCACGCGCCGCAAACUACAGAGCCCACGUGCUCUGGAGCCCGCGCGCUGUAACUAGAAAGAAGCCUGAACGCUGCAACAAAAACCAGACAGCCAAAAAAAAAAAAAAAAAAAAUCAGGGCAUGGGUUGCGCCUCCUUGAGGACAUGGUACCUGAGCAAAGACUUAAAGGAGGCGAGGCGGAGGGAGCAGCCUGUGGUGCACAGGCCACGUGGCUGCAGCCAAGUGGGGGCAAGGUGAGUGGAGGGCACAGGGGGCAGCCCUGAGGGCCUCUCAAAGAGCUUUGGCUCAAUUCUGAGUGAAAUGAGUGUGAUGUGACAGUUGUUUUCAAAGGAUCACACUGGAUGCUGUGUUGAUAACAGAACCUAGGGCAGCAGGGUACGAAUUGGGAGUCUGGUGGAGUUGGCGGUGGCAGGGGAGACAGGAGCAGGGGCCUCGCCUGGGUGCCUCUAGGGUGGGAGUGUGCAGAGCCCGUGGCCAGCCCUGCACCCUGCAGCAUAACCACACCCCAGGUAGGGGCCUGGCGUGUCCCUGCCUCCAUGGUCUGCCACGAAACCAGGUCACAGGUCUGGUAGUAUUAAUAGCCCCGAGCAUCAUGCAGGAACCUCCUCUGAAAACAGAAAAUGAGCUUGGGUGCCCACCUGGCACCUGCCCUUCCCCAGCGCCCCCUUCCUGCCCCCUGCUCCAUGCCACGACCCAUCAAGAGCGGCAGUGUUUGCUCUGUGCUGUUUCCAGAACACUCCCAUGAUCUCGGUUAAUUAAGGCCUUUCCCUGAGUGAGGGUCCUAGCAAGUUAGGUGUGGGCCAAGGGCACAGAGGAGGCCAUGCUAAGGUGCUGCUGUGCGCUCGGAGCUAGAGUUUCAGAGGCCAGGCUGCAGGUGGGGCCCCGUCUUGGCUCAGCUGAGGAGUGCAGACUCCCCAGGUCUCCUUCAGCGUCAGCUGGCAUCCUUGGGCUCUGCUCCCCUGAGGACAGGAGCUGGACCGGGCUGUGCUCGCUGUUGCCCAGGCCUGCUCAGAAGAACGUGCACAGGUGAGCUGAGCACCACAUCUGCCUCCACCAGUGAUGGAGGCUUUCCUGUCAGUCACUGUGCUGUGACGUCUUCCUCGACCACUGGGCAUGUGUCAGGAACAUGUGCUCAUUAUGAUACAUUUGGAAAAGCCGAAAAAGUAAAACGAACAAAAAAGUAAAAAGAUUCAAAAAGCUCCUUUGCCCAUAGACGGUCAUGGAGAAACUGUCUUGACCAGACUUGACAUUUACGCUCUGUGCUGUCUCUGUGUUAACACAGCUCUGUUCAUGUAACUCUUCCUGAUAUGAGGGUCUGUCUAAUGGCAGCAGAACAUGCAUCUUCCUGGUGGGCGUGCCAAGUUUCUCUUGGGCAAAACAAGCAAAGCACCACAGACCGGGCAGCCUAUAAGACAACAGACAUUGAUUUCUCACAGUGUGGAGGACUGAUGUCCGAGGUCAGGGGGCCAGCAGGGGCGGGUGAGGCCCUCUGCCUGGCUGCAGACUUCUGUGUCCUCACGUGGAGGAAGAGGCAAGGGAGCUCUCUGUGGGGUCUCUUAUCAGGGGGACUCCACCUUCAUGACCGAAGCACUCCCAAAGGCCCCACCUCAUAACACCCUCACAUUGGGCAUUAGGAUUUCAACAUAUACAUUUUGGGGACACAAACAUUCAGACCAGAGCAACUGCUGUGUUUCAUUUUUUUUCUUGAUUAAAAAAUCACUGAUGUUGGGACCUCCCUGGUGGCUAAGUGGUUAAGACUCUGCGCUCCUAAUGCAGGGGGCCCAGGUUCGAUCCCUGGUCAGGGAACUAGAUCUCACAUGCUUGCUGCAACUAAGAGUUCGCAUGCCACAAGUAAGGAGCCCUCGAGCUGCAACUAAGACCCGGCACAACCAAAUAAAUAUUUUUAAAAAUCACAGUGAGGACUUCCCUGGUGGCACAGUGGUUAAGAAUCCACCUGCCCAUGCAGGGGACACGGGUUCGUUUCCUGGUCCAGGAGGAUCACACAUACCGUGGAGCAACUAAGCCCAUGUGCUGCAACUACUAAGCCCAUGUGCCGCAACUACUGAGCCCUCAUGCUUUAACUACUGAAGCCCACACACAUAGAGCCCGUGCUCCGCAACAAGAGAAGCCACCACAAUGAGAAGCCCAUGCACCACAAUGAAGAAUAGCCCCUGCUCUCCGCAGCUAGAGAAAGCCCGCGUGCAGCAACGAAGACCCAACACGGCCAAAAAAAAAAAAAAAAAAAAAUCAGUGAUGUUAUGCAACUAGAUAUGCAACUAGAGAUUAUCGUACUAAGUGAAGUCAGACAAAUACCAUAUGAUAUCACAUGUUUGGAAUCUAAAAUGCAUACGAUACAAAUGAACAUAUCUAUGAAACAGACACAUGGAGAAGAAACUUGUGGUUGCCGUGGGGGUGGGGGUGGGGGAGGGAAGGACUGGGAGUUUGGGAUGAGCAGAUGCAAACUAGUAUAUAAUGAAUGGACAAACAACAAGGUCCUACUGUAGAGCACAGGGAACUAUAUUCAAUAUCCUGAGAUAAACUGUAAUGAAAAAGAAUAUGAAAAAGAAUAUAACUGAAUCACUUUGCUGUACACAAGAAAUUAGCACAACAUUGUAAGUCAACUAUACUUCAAUAAAAAAAUUUUAAUCAUUGAUGUCAAUAGGAAACGGUAGAAGGAUUUUAUAUUAAAACUAUUUAGAAGUAGAAACAGAGGAGGCAGAAUGUGACCACUUUCCCCAUUGAAUCAUUCCAUGUGUAGACUUUUGUGUUGGCUUCUUAACACAGUGUUGUAAAAAAAGAAUGUGAUCAUUUUAGGGGCUUCCCUUGGUGGCACAGUUGUUAAGAAUCCUCCUGCCAAUGCAGGGGACACAGGUUCGAGCCCUGGUCCGGGAAGAUCCCACAUGCUGCGGAGCAACUAAGCCCGUGCGCCACAACUACUGAGCCUGUAGUGCCACAGCUACUGAAGCCUGCUUGCCUAGAGCCUGUGCUCUGCAACAAGAGAAGCCACAUCAAUGAGAAGCCCACGUGCCACAACGAAGAGUAGCCCCUGCUCUCCACAACUAGAGAAAGCCCGCGCGCAGCAACAAAGACCCAACGCAGCGAAGAAUAAAGUUUUUUUUUAAAAGAAUGUGAUCAUGUUAAAGCCCUUGGUAUUAUGUCCCUAACGACCCAAAGCACCACCUCGAGCGCCCCCUACAGGCUAGACGCUGUCGACCAGGCCCCAGCCGAGCGCAGAGAAGGUACAGGUGGAACCACCAGGUGCAGGCCCUCUGCCGGGCGCGUGUUAACUCAUUAACUCACAGGCACGAGGCCUCUCCGCCUCACGGGUGACUAAGCGCAGAGAGGUUUGCGUCUUGCCUAACGACACACAGCUGAUGGGGGAGCUGGCAGUCCGUUCUCCGCCAGCCUUCCCUCCCCACCUGUCCUUAGUCCGCCGACUCUGUGGGCAUGCGAACCUGGUGGCAGGGCAGGCUCUUGGUGCCGGCUCCCGUGCCCUGAGCUGCUGUGUCCAGAGUGAGGACACACGUUUAGGGUCGAGGGCCACGGGCUUGGGGGCGUCUGUUUUGCCGGUUACCGCAGCAAAAUUGGGCCAGUGCAACCAGGAACGGAGACCUGGGGUCCGAGCCCGGCCGACGUGCCCCAGCAGGUGCUCUGAGCUCUGCUGCCACGGAGUGGCCCCGUAGCUGCGACGCCGUGGCUCUAAGUCACGUGCCUGGCAGGGACGCACACACCCCCUUCCCGAGGGACCCUCCCAUCAUCCUCUCGGUUGUCCUGGCAGGGAGGGGUGCUUUUCCGACUGAGGCUGGGAGUCCCGCGAGUCAGCACCAGGAUUUGCACACCCUUUUGCCCAUCAGGCGGCAGAGACCCCCUUGUCCUUGUGCUCCUGGCGGGGGCUGUCUGGCUCUGUCUCCCCAGCCCUGUGGGUGUGUCCACCCUGCUGGUCUACGCCCUGGAGGGUCGGCAGACUGGGAGGGCCCUGGGCCCCUUGAAGUCACCGUGUCUACACGGCGCUAUCUGCUCCCAUCUCCACCCUCGGGGGGUCCCAGCCAGCAAGUGGGGGUGUAGAGCUCUGCUCGCUCACCUGCUUCCCUCCCCCUCUCCCAGAAGGCACCGUCUGUGCCUUUUAAGUCACUGGUCAGGAACGUCAGGACCAGAACAUUAUCUCCAUCCUCAGGAGGCUGGAGGUGGUGGCCCUGACGGCGCUGCCCCUCCCACAGCGGCUGUGGGGCAGCCCUUUCCCCCGCUUCUCCAGCUGCUCAGCCAGGAGAGGGUCGCAGAGCCCUGCCUCGGCCCUCGGAGGAGCUCUUGACAGCUCUGAUACUGCAAACUCUGGGUUGUUCAUUUGUGAGCCUUCAUGUUUCUGUCUCAAGGAGGGACACAUGGGCAAACAGUGACACAAGGCAUACAGGUGGUAAGUGGCUUUCAUGAGACGGAGAAGAUGGGCAGCAGGCUGUUCCCAGGACUGUUGGCUCCUGGGGCUGGACAAAGCCAGGGGAUGAGAGCCACCAGCCUCCAGGCCGCUCACAGAUUCUGGCCUCACCGUGGGUACGGGGAGGCAGACGUGAUCCAGCUUGAGAAGGUCCCUCCAACUGCGGGUCACAGGCUUGCGGGCCAGCAGUGGUGGCCCUUCUCACCUGCGUCGAGAGUGGCUAACUUUUCUCUAAAGGGCCAGAGAGUAUUUUAGCUUUUCAGGUCAUAAUGAUUCUCAGUUCUGCCAUCGUAGCUCAGAAACAGCCAGAGACAUCUAAACCAAUGGGCAUAAUCAUGUUCCAAUAAAAAUGUCCUGUGGACACUGAGAUUUUAA